AUGGGCUGGUUCCCAGCGAAAUUAGACUCAGAAGAGUCCCAAUGGCAUUUUGAGAUUCUCAUUCUUCUCGCUGUCAUUGGCAGCUCCGCCACUCAAAAACACAUGCCCGCCAUCACGGCGUCAGCCUUCGGCCUAUUUCCUCGCCUUUUGCCAGCACCCGAAGCCCUCCUCGAUACUAGGCGACUGCAUCGUCUACCCUCAGCUCCAAAUGUCGACGUUGUUGGCGUACAUUCUGGUACCGUUCUUACAGAACUAAACUACUUUGCCACUCUACUGCACAAAAUCGAAGAUGUCAAACCAUUUGAAUUCCGAUCCUGCGUAAUCGAACACAACUUCGGCGAUGAUCGGGAAAAAGGCAAACCAAACAGACCUCUCCGCAUCAAAACUAUGUCCCUACUGAACGUAGUUACAAUUGUGUCGAUUUUCAUGUCGGUGGGUCUCUUGGUCUUCGCCGGUGUAAUCCACGACGGCGUAGCGCUGGUUGGCGUCAGCACCAUGGCCCUGUCCACUAGUGCCGCUAGUCUGUCCGCCUACUGGUAUCCAAAGCUAUCUGAGCGCGACGGGGAUGCCAAGAUGCCUCCUGGAGAUGUGGUGAUUCGCACUCGUGGAGGGGGGUUCAUUGUCGUCCGCGGUGAUGAGUAUGUGAUCCGAGAACUGUACACGGGGAUGGACUCCUGCCAGUAUAGAUAUCCGGACAAAGUGCGGCAGGUCUUCCUGGCUAUGAGCACACUUUUCUUGAUGACAUCGGUGAUUAUGUUCAGCAAUAGCAGCGAGAAGAUCCAGAUCGCCGUCGGUGCUGCGUAUUUCAUCCUGAACAUUCUUUACUGGGGGUUGGCAUUGCUGGUGGAACCUCGUGAUGUCUGGGAUAUGAGCAGGUAUGAUAUCAAGAACGCCGUAUUUAAAGAGACUAGUAAUUAUACGGAAGUGCUAUGGUUGGCCAUUUUUGAGACCAAGUCGAUUGACUGGGUGAGGAGGGCAAACAUAGCACCGAAAACAGGCCCCUGGGAUGAAUGGCUACGGGAAGCAUUCCAGAACGCUCAGAGCAAUAAAAGCGACUGGCCGGCAGUUACCAGAAAAAAUGUAAUAAUAGGGGAGCAUUCGCCUGAGCCUUCACGUCUGGAUGAGAAGGGGGUACUCUCCCAGGAAUGA